AUGUAUACGAAUCAGGCAUACAUCGAGCAAAUCUCUAGAAAGAAAGGAUUAACCAAAUGGUGGAAUCAUCAUCGAAUUAAGAUCAUUCGCAUCUCUUUCAUCGUUGUAACAAUUUGUAUAAUUACUCUUUCAUUAUUAUUAAAAUUCGUCAUUCUUGCUCCAAAGAAGCCAGAUGACAUCAUCACCACCGCAACGUCUUCAAUAACAACACCAAUAUCACCAUCAACAACAACAACAUCGACCACAACUACUACAACAUCAACAGCAAUAACUACGACUACAACUACAACAACAUCAAUAUCAACAACAAUCACUACAACUCCGCAAUCAGUAUGGUAUAAUACUCGUAGUAUGAAUAAUGCACGAUAUCAACAUAUAUCAUGUGUAUUAAUGAAUGGAAAAGUGUUAGUUAUCAGCGGUGAAUCAGACUAUGGCGGUUUUGUAAAUAAUAGUGAAUUGUAUGAUCCACUGACUGAAACUUGGACAACUACUGGUAAAAUGAAUGAUGCCCGACGUGAACACACAGCAUCCAUAUUAACGGAUGGAAAAGUGUUAGUUGCUGGUGGAUACAAUGGUAACCGUCUAACUAGUGCUGAAUUAUAUGAUUUAUCUACUGAAACUUGGUUAGCCGUUGGUAAUAUGAAUUAUGCACGAUCUGAUCAUACAGCAGUUACAUUACCAAAUGGAAAAGUAUUAGUCACUGGUGGAUAUGGUAAUACUUAUUUAAAUAGUUCUGAGUUAUAUGACCCAUCGAGUGAGACUUGGACAAUUACUGGUGAGAUGAAGUAUUCACGAGAACACCAUACAGUAUCUUUACUAUCAAAUGGAAAAGUGUUAGCCACUGGCGGGUAUGGUGGAAUUUAUUUGUUUGGUAACAGUUAUUUAGACAGUACUGAAUUAUAUGAUCCGUCGACAGGAAAUUGGACAACUACGGGUAAAAUGAAUUAUGUACGAUAUGAACAUAGAGCAUCUUUGUUACCAGAUGGAAGAGUAUUAGUUACUGGUGGACGAAUCGGUAAUGACAAACUAAAGAGUGCUGAGUUGUAUGAUCCUUUGACAGAAAUGUGGACUGUUACAGGUAAUAUGAAUUGUGGACGAAGUUUGCAUACAGCAACCGUUUUAACAAAUGGAAAAGUAUUAGUUACUGGUAGCUGUGGUGACAGUCCUGAUAAAAGUGUUGAAUUAUACGAUCCAUUAACAGGAAUUUGGACAAUUAUGAGUAACAUGAAUCAUGCACGAGAACAUCAUCGAGCAUCUUUAUUAUCAAAUGGGAAAGUAUUGGUUACUGGUGGACUAGAUCAUAAUGCUCUAAAUAGUGCUGAAUUGUAUGAACCAUUAAGAGAAGCUUGGAUAUUAACUAGUAGUAUGAAUAGUGCACGAGAACAACAUACAGCAUCCAUACUAACAGAUGGAAAAGUAUUAAUUGUUGGCGGAGUUCAUGAUACUACUCAAGAUAGUGCUGAAUUGUAUGAUCCAUCAAGAAGAACUUGGGAAAUUACUAGUAGUAUGAACGAUGCACGACAUGGAUAUACAGCAACCGUAUUAACAAACGGAAAAGUUUUAGUUGCUGGUGGUUACAAUGAUCGUGGUUAUCUAAAUAGUUCUGAGUUGUAUAAUCCAUCAACAGGAAUUUGGACAACUACUGGUAUUGCUGGUGGACUUCAUGGUGAUAUUCUAAAUAGUGCCGAAUUAUAUGAUCCAUCAACAGAAACUUGGACAACUACUGGAAAUAUGACUAAUGCACGAGAUGGACACUCAGCAUCAAUAUUAGCAAAUGAAAAAGUAUUAGUUACUGAUGGACAUGGUGGUGAUGCUCGAAACAGUGCUGAAUUGUAUGAUCCAUCAACAGGAAUUUGGACAAGCGUGGGUAACAUGAGUGACGGACGACCGUGGCACACAUCAUCCGUAUUAACAAACGGAAAGGUAUUAGUUACUGGUGGAUAUCAUGAUAAUAUAUAUGUAAAUAGUUCUGAGUUAUAUGAUCCAUUAACAGGACUUUGGAUAAUUACUGGUAGCAUGAAUAAUCUACGAUAUGGUCACACAGCAACCCUAUUAAUAAAUGGAAAAAUAUUAGUUACUGGCGGAGCAUCACGCAUCAGUCAUUUUCUACAUAGCAGCGAAUUGUAUGACCCAUCAUCAGGAAUUUGGACAAUCAACGAUCAGAUGAAUGAAGGACGGCAGUGGCAUACAGCAUCGCUGUUAACAGAUGGAAAAGUAUUAGUUACUGGUGGAUAUGGUGCAACUGGUUAUCUAAAUAGCGCUGAACUGUAUGAUCCAUUUACAAAUACUUGGAAAAGUACUAAUAAAAUAAAUAAUAUAUUAGUAGCUGAUAGAGAUAAUGGUACAUAUCUACAUUAA